UUUUAGCUUUCCUUCUUCCCCCCAUUUUUUUUUUUUUUAAAAAAGCAAAAAACCCACAUGGGGAGACAAGGGGGAACUCCUGAGCUUCAGCCUUGCUCAGCAUUUUAUAAAACUGCUUACAAGAGCACGUGCAACACGCUAUUAAAAGCAGCAGUUUGGCCUAUUACAGAAUUAUGGUUCGACUAACAGUGGACCUAGUUGCUAAAAGCAUCAGUCGGAAGAAUCGCAAUGAAGAGGAAUUUGGACAGUAUCUGCGAAAAAUAACUCAUCUAAAUUUAUCAGAUAAAAAUAUAGAUGCAAUUGGUGACGUCUCUUUGUGUAAAAAUCUUAGAGUUCUGUAUUUAUAUGAUAACCAAAUCAGUCAAAUCCAGAACUUGGACUUUGCUUCAAAUAUAACACACCUUUACCUUCAGAACAAUUGUAUUACGUGUAUAGAAAAUCUCUCAUCGCUGAAAAACCUUGAAAAACUGUAUUUGGGGGGCAACUGCAUCACUGUAGUAGAGGGUUUGAAUAAACUAGAAGAAAUAAGGGAGCUACAUAUUGAAAGUCAACAACUCCCUCUUGGCGAAAAGCUUCUGUUUGAUCCAAGAUCCCUUCGGUCCCUGGCAAAAUCUUUGUCUGUGUUGAACAUCAGCAAUAACAACAUUGAUGAAUUAGAAGAACUGGCAGUUUUGGAAAAUCUUUCUUAUCUUAGAGCAGUUGACAAUCAACUUCAACAUAUGAAGGAUUUGGAGGUUGUAUUAAACAAAUGGACAAAGCUACGGAGACUGGAUCUUGCAGGAAACCCCAUCUGCCAUAAACCAAAGUACAGGGACAGGAUUGUAGUACAGUCAUGGACUCUAGAAUCCCUUGAUGGGAAAGAAAUUAAAGAAAUGGAAAGACGGUUCCUAGUGAAUUGGAAAGCCUCCAAAGCUGCCAGGAAAAAAAACAAAGAAAGAAUGACAAAUGAACAUACAGUCUAUCUACAUUUUUCUGACUUUGAAGCACCUUAUUCUAUUCCCUUUCACUACAGUCCAUCUGUGAAAGAAGAAACAAAUUUUUUAGCUUUGUCUGAGAUGCACAAAGUUGAAAGAAAACCUUUGCCAAGAAUCUUGGAUAAAAAAUAAGUCAGAUGAAAAUCCAGGUUGAGGAGGAAGCUGAAGUAAUGGCAGAAGUAACUUGAAUUCUAAAGGCCAGAAGUUACAGGAUGUGAAGAUUUGGCCAUUACGGGAUUAUUUUUUUUUUUCUCAAAUCUUACCAAGAAAGAUAUUGGCAUCUCUUUGGAUAUGUUGUCCGCGUCUUUGUAAUCUCAAAACCAGGCAGAAUGGAGUAUGUUGAAUUUAACGCUGCCCUUGAAGAGCAUUCAGAAAAGUAAGGUGACUGCCUAUUUAUUUAGAAGCAAUGCUUUGUAUUAAAAGCACGUAAAAACACCAGCUAAGCUGGUUGCCUACUUCUUAAGCUUCCUGAAGGAGUUGUUUUUAACCCGAGUCUUCCACAAUUUGUGACCUGAGUACCCGAGUUGCUGCUUCUUCCCAUAUGUCAUACUCUUAGCAAUUAAGCAGGGGCACGCCUAUAGUCUCUUACUUCAAGAAAAAAGGAGCUAUUAGCACAUGAUUUUUGAGAUCUGUAGUGCUAAAAAAUAAUUUCUGUUAUUUGCAUUUUUGGAUGUGGAAUAGUUAGGAAAGAAGGCACAAGAAGAUUAAUGAUAUCUGUGCUUAUUAAUUUUUUAAUUGGGACACUACACAUUGAUCUUACUUCAAAUUCUGCUUUAAGUAGCUGGGACUUGAGUUUGGCUGCUUUGCACUUGUUUGAGUAAUUAAAUGAAUGCUCAAGACUUCUGAUAUAGGAAAAUUCCAAACGUACAGAUAAGGAAAGGAAAGCCCAGAUUGUAAAUUGCCCCUGGAAUAAAACCUUUCCUAAUGGCGUUUCUCUGUAUGAACGUCAGCUUGGCAUCUUAUGCUUGAGACCCUCUCUGAGAUAAGAAAGGAAUUUUUCCUGAAUAAGGAAAUUGGGAUCUGUCUUUUUGCCUUCACUGGUUUGUGUAUUUUGUUACCGUUUAUAUUUUAUUGCCCUUUGCUAAAGACAAUUCAAAUAAAUGUAACUCCUGCAGGCAUUCCCCCCUUGAAUAACAAGACCUUUAUCUUCAUUAGAAAAGAAACAGAUUUCCAAAACUAAGGUAGUAAAUGAGUGUUACUAUAGUCUUGAGGUGCCACUUGCUUCUAUUAAAGCUAGUGAGUGAAUUGCCAUCAGAAUAAAAAAAUACAAAACAACAAAUAAAGCUCUGAUGUGUAGCUGUAGUUAUUAGUCCGUUACCAAAAUUAGUGUUAACUGGGCUUGAUACUUAUUGUUUUAGCGCUCGUCAUCGAUGAUAUUCAGGUG